GGGCUUGGGGUUUGUACCGGAAGUGACGCCAAACAGCGGCGGCGGGGGGAGAACAGGGGAGCACGGCGAUUUCCGGUUCCGGGAGAGGGCUCGGGGUGGGGGGGUCGUUCACAGACUCGCAGGCGGUGGCGGCUGCUGGGACCAUGGAGUUCCCUGGAGGAAAUGACAAUUACCUGGCCAUCACGGGUACGGCUCAUCCCUUCCUGUCGGGGGCAGAGACGUUCCACACCCCCAGCCUGGGGGAUGAGGAGUUUGAGAUCCCGCCCAUCUCCCUGGACGCCGACCCCUCGCUGGCCGUCUCAGACGUGGUGGGGCACUUCGAUGACCUGGGGGACCCCAGCAGCGCGCCCGAUGCCGGCUUCUCCACCCAGUAUGGCGUGCAGGCCCUCGACAUGCCCGUGGGCAUGAACCACAGCCUCAUGGAGCAGGGCGGCGGGCUCCUGGCGGGGGGGCUGGCCAUGGACCUGGAUCACUCCAUGGGCACCCAGUACAGCACCAACCCGCCCGUCACGAUAGACGUGCCCAUGAGCCCUGGGGCACUGAUGGGGCACGGCCAGCUGACCACCAUCGACCAGUCCGAGCUGAGCUCCCAGCUGGGCCUGAGCCUGGGGGGCAGCUCCAUCCUACCGCCCGCGGCCCAGUCGCCCGAGGAGCGGCUCUCCACCACGCCGUCCCCCACCAGCUCCCUGCAGGAGGACGAGCCCGAGGAGUUCAGACGGCAGCAGGUGCCAGCCCAGAAGGCUGCGCCGGUGGUGCUGGACGUGGGGCGGAAGCAGAAACCUGCCAAGAAGCAGAAGAAGAAGAAGGACCCAAAUGAGCCGCAGAAACCAGUCUCGGCCUACGCCCUGUUCUUCCGUGACACACAGGCCGCCAUCAAGGGCCAGAACCCUAACGCCACCUUCGGGGAGGUCUCCAAGAUCGUGGCCUCCAUGUGGGACAGCUUGGGCGAGGAGCAGAAACAGGUUUACAAGCGGAAGACGGAGGCGGCGAAGAAGGAGUAUCUGAAGGCGCUGGCGGCCUAUCGGGCUAUCCAGACGGCAGCCGAGACGGCGGAGCUGGACCUGAACCCAGUGCCGCCCCCAGCAGCUCCCCAGCCAGCGCCAGCUCCAGCCCCUGCGGCUCCCUUGCCGGCCCCCACACCCCCUGCCCCCUCGCCAGUUCUCGAGUCCCCACCGGCCACCCCUCAGCCAGUGCCCGCCCCCGGGAACCUCUGCUCGCCACCACCAGCCCAGCCCAGCUUCACCAAGAUCAUCAUCCCCAAGCAGAUGCUACCCUUGUCCUCGCAGGGCGGGGUGGUCACUGUCAUCCCCGUCACCUCUGUCACCUCCAGGGGGCUGCAGCUGGGCACGGGCGCCACCCAGAUUGUCACCCGCUCUGUGCUGCAGGCUGCGGCGGCCGCUGCCGCGGCCGCCUCCUCCAUGCAGCUGCCCCGGCUCCAGCCCCCGCCCCUGCAGCAGAUGCCCCCGCCCCAGCCCCCUGCCCAGCAGGUCGCUGUCCUGCAGCCUCCGCCACCCCUGCAGGCCAUGCAGCAGCCCGCCCUGCAGCAGAAGGUGCGGCUCCACCUGCAGCAGCAGCCCCCGCCCCUGCAGAUCAAGAUCCUGCCUCCGCCAGCCCUGCAGAUCCAGCCUGUUACCCUGCAGCCCGAGGAGGCCAGUCCCGAGCGGCCCAGCCCAGAGCCCCAGGGCUCCCCGGAGCCUGUGGAGAUGAUCACGGCUGACGUGGUGCCUGAGGUGGAGUCCCCGACGCAGAUGGAUGUGGAGCUGGUGUCCGAGUCCCCUGUGGGGCUGUCGCCCCGUCCCCGCUGCGUGCGCUCCGGCUGCGACAACCUGCCCGUCAGCAGCAGCGACUGGGACAACGAGUACUGCAGCAGCGAGUGCGUCGUCAAGCACUGCAGGGAUGUGUUCCUAGCCUGGCUGGCUUCUCGCAACUCCAACAGCAGCGUGGUCUUUGUGAAGUGAGCGGCGUGGCCAGGAUGGAGCCUGUUCUGAGUGCGGGCAGCGCCUGGCGCAGACACUGCCAGGGACCCGGGGGGAGGUGGUGAUGGCACAGACUUUGCUCUUACGCCAGGCUAUGCCUCUGGAGCUGAUUAAAGUGGGAGGGGCUGGA